AUUUCUUCUUCUCAUUUCUAAGCUUCGUUUCCUUUUCUUUCCAAGUUCGGAGUGAGUUUACGUGUGGAGUUCUAGAGUUAAUUGGUUGUUUUUCUGUGUAUUGUAAGGAGUAAUUGAUAUAAUUUUAUCAUGACUUGCAAGCGAAGGAAUGGAGGAAGAUCAAAGCACGGACGUGGUCACGUGAACCCAGUGCGUUGCACCAACUGUGCUAGAUGUGUGCCCAAAGACAAGGCUAUCAAGAAGUUUGUUAUUCGCAACAUUGUAGAAGCUGCUGCGGUCAGAGAUAUCACAGAGGCCAGCGUAUACUCUUCUUAUCAGCUGCCAAAAUUGUAUGCAAAGCUGCACUACUGUGUGUCCUGUGCUAUCCAUUCCAAGGUUGUCAGGAACCGCUCCAAGGCUGAUCGCAGAAUCAGGACUCCUCCAGCUCGUAAUUUCCCCAGGGAUAUGAUGCGCCAAGGAGGCCAACCAGUUAGGAAAUAAGCAAUGUGUAUUCUUAUCAAAAUAAGAUAACUUUUAUUCUA